CGGAUGACAGGGGCAUGGAGAUGUUGCGGCGCUCGUCUGUGUUUGCAGCCGAAGUGUUUGACCGCUCGCCCACCGACAAGGAGCUGGUGUCCCAGGCCAAGGCGCUGUGCCGGGACUACAUACACUCCAGGCUGAACCGCGCCGGCAUGGCCGGAUACCCCAAGCCCGAGCACGGACUGGCCGCGUCAGGUGGAACGCUGGGAGACGUCUCAUCCGUGCUCCUGUGGUUGGGCGAUGAGUUGGAGUACCUUCGUCCCAAUGUGUAUCGUAACGUCGCACGUCAGCUGAACAUAACCGUGGCAUCGGAAAGCGUGGUGUCGGACGCUUUCCUGGCCGUGGCCGCAGAUAUCUUCUCCACAGGUGUGACGUGGGGAAAGGUGGUGUCGCUGUACGCUGUGGCAGGAGCCCUGGCGGUGGACUGCGUGCGUCAUGGCCAUCCAGCUAUGGUUCACACCAUUGUCGACUGCAUGGGGGAGUUCGUCCGCAAGAGUCUGGCUUCCUGGUUAAAAAGGAGAGGAGGCUGGGUGGAUGUCACUAAGUGUGUGGUGAACACCGACCCCAGCUUCCGCUCUCACUGGCUGGUGUCUGCCGUCUGCACUUUCGGACACUACCUGAAGGCCAUCGUGCUGUACCUCCUCAGGGAGAAGUGAAAGUGGAACUUACACAUUGAAUUGUGAGCGGACUGAGCAGCCACUGACACCACCAGCACCGCCACCACCACCACCACCACCUCCACCACCUCCACCAAAGCAUCAACUGCUCUGGAUCAUGUUUACACUCGUUUGCACUGAGCCUUCACUGACCUUUGUAUUUCACAGAAAAUGACCUCUCCUCGCUUCUCCUGGCUUAUAUUUAUUAGUCACGGUUAUAUUGUGGCACACUGUUUAUGUGAAUGUAUAAAAUCACCCUUUGAAGAUUUUUGUUUUUCCUGUUUCACUUUUUUUUCUUUUUUACAUAAGUGGUGCCUUUUUUUUGUAGUGAUAUGGCUCCAUCUCCUGGGAACUCAUUGAAAUCACUUUUUACUUACAGGAGCGUUCCUGAAUCAGGCAUGUAUACACGUAAAUCAACAAAG